AUGAGUAAAAGGAAUAAAGAUAAGGCUAAUUUACUAGAUGCCGAUAACCAGAAGACACAUUAUUGGAUUAACCCUAAAAAAAGACGUAAAAGUAAUUUAAUUGGCAAUCUUUGGAAUAAGAUUGAUGUAUCGCAAACACAUCACAAUACACCAUUUAUUAAGUUAUUCCAGGGUAAAGAGACCGACAAGGAAGUCGAAAAUAGAUAUGAGUUAUUUAACAGAAUCUGGAAUCAUCAGUUGUUCAAGAUUCAAACUAUUUUAGAUAAUGAAAAUACCGAGUUAUUCGGAAAACUCUUGCAGUACAUUGAUGCGCCAUUUGAUUACGGAAAGAAUGAUACACAUAUUGCCAUUAACAAUGUACAUAAGAUUCCAAUUGGAUUUCUACUGCUUGGUUCUAAUACGGCCAAUAACAUUAGAAUUAUACAAGAAUUCAAUAAGUUUGUGCAAAUGCAUGAACAGAAGCAUAUCAAGCUUAUCAACUUGAACUCCAAAAAUUGUGCAAACAUAAAAUCUACGUUGAGAGAGGUGGUAAAGCAGGUAUUGAGUAAAAAGAGUGAGGAGAAUGAAGAAAAUGAUAGCAGUGAUUCUUCAGAAGAUGAAGAAAGUGAAGACGAAGAUAUGGACUAUGAUGGAAGAAUAAAUUACGACUUCGAUAUUGUUGAAGAUUGGUGCUUAAAGCAAUUUGGCAGAGAGAAAGGGAACUUAAAAAACACCAGUUCACGCCUUAUAAUCAUAUUACAGGAUACAGAUUCAAUAAGUACUCAAGUAUUGAAUCAAUUGAUUAAAUUAAUUCAUUCAUAUUCCAACAAGUUGCCUAUAAAAUUAAUUAUGGGAUUGUCGUCCUCAAAUGUAACGAAUUGGAUAAAUAAUAAUUUGAGUAAUGAAUUGAGGAUAUUAAUCAAUGGUUUCAAGUUCAAUAGUAUAGAUACCAAGUUAUUAGGGUUCAAAUUAAUUGACGAAGCCUUUCUAAAUUAUGAGAAUGAUGAAACUAACCCGCUAAUACUUAACUAUAAAUUAUCUUCUAUAAUCUUCAAUAGAUUCAAGAACUCGAAUAACUCAAUUGAUAAUUUAAUAUCCCAAUUUAAGUUGUCAUAUAUGAUUUAUUUUUAUCAGCUGCCAUUGUCGGUGUUAAUAGACGAAGAUUUCAAACCUAAUUCUAGAUACAUUGAAGCAUUACGAAAAUUACCUUCUUUCAAGAAGCACAUGGAGAAAUUAGUAUUUAAAUAUAACGAACAGAAAAAAUUAUUAGAACGGCAAAAGGAAUUUGAAGAUUUCAAUCUUGAUAUAAAAAAGAGAAUUGAUCCUGAGGAAGCUGAAACAUUGAAAACUGAAAUAACGAAGUUGCUAAAAUCAAAUGACACGGUAAGAGAUUUAUUUGAUGAUACUCGAGCUUUUUUCAAAAGGUAUAGGUUAAGUGUACUUAACUUAAUGAAUAUAAUUUUUAAAAUACAAGAAUACAAUGAAAAACCAAACAAAGAGAAGUUCGAAAUUUAUAAGUUGAUCAUAAAUAACCAGGUAAAAUCGUCGGUUUUCUUGAAGGAACUUUUGGUUUCAUUGAAAAAGAACCUGUCAGACUUUAUUAGGUUUGCUAAGUCGGAUGUAUUGACGGAGGAAGUAAACGGAGUCAAAGACACGCAAUUGAUCAACUUACGAAAGAGUUUAAAAGAGAAUACUUCCACUGAUACUGUGCUUAGCUGCAUAUCAAAAUAUAUUCAAAGCGAAGAGAUUAUCUAUAAGCUUGAUGAUAAUUUAUUUAAUGAGAUUUUUUCACUUGAUGGUGGAAGCUUUGUUAAUUUAGGCUUCAAUUUCGAAGAAAAUUACGAAAACUUGAUGAUAAAUCUUAUAAGACCAAAAUUGAGAUCUAUUCUUGAAUUGGGCUUGAAUGAUUCCAAUUCAUAUUUGCAGAAUGAACUAAUUUCUGAGGCUGACACUAACGGUUCUAAAGUACCAGCUAUGAUUUGCCAACUAUUUAAAGUCUAUAAGGACGCACCCGUAUCCAUAAAUAUUUAUGACUUCUAUUGUGCAUUUAAGCAAUCUUUACCCAGGGAAUUGAUAAUAUCUGAAUUAAUAAAAAAUAACAAGGGGGAUGAAUAUAAAUCCAUUAUAGAAGAAUGCCAACUGGAAAAUGAAUUAAUAUGGGACAAGAUUAUAUAUGCGUGGUUCUUGCAAUCAUGUUUUGAAUUAAUCAAUCUUGGUUUGCUAAAGGAAAAGGCAAAGAAUGAUUACUUAGAAAAAUCAAUAUGGAUCAAUUUAUAA